ACUUUCUAGGGCUUGAAGAUGUUAUUUCGAUUAUUGGCUAAAACGACCUCCACCGCAUUACCCAUUGGCAUUGGCAGUUAUUUCGCUCUGAACUCAUCCCGGCCUUUGUCCGCUACUAGCACCAUGGCCUCGUCGUCUUUUAUGGAUGCCUCCGUCACCGAUCCCAUAAAGGCUCCCAACAUCUUCGUGUUCAAGGCGAAUGACAUUCAUGGGAACCUGGUGGAUUUGGCCAAGUACAAGGAUCACGUGUGCAUCGUGGUCAAUGUGGCCUCCAAGUGAGGCAAGACCCGCGUGAACUACGAGCAGCUCACCCAGAUGUAUGAAAAAUACUCUGAGGAAAGCGCUGGUGGUUUGCGCAUUCUGGCCUUCCCCUGUAAUCAGUUUGGAGGCCAAGAACCCGGUUCGGCCCAGGACAUCCAGGAUUUCGUUUCCAAAUUCAACGUCAAGUUUGACAUGUUCGAGAAGAUUGAUGUCAAUGGGAAGAACGAGCACCCACUCUUCACCUACUUGAAACACGAGCAAAGUGGAUUCAUGAUCAAUGCAAUAAAAUGGAACUUUUCCAAGUUCGUCAUCAACAAAGAGGGCAAGGCUGUGGCGCGAUUCAGUCCCACCGACGAUCCUAUUCCCAAAGUCGAAGAGAAGGUCAAGGAACUGUUUUAGUGUGACACCUUUGGGGCAUUAUUUCCAAGUGCAAGUGAUGGUUUGACAUAUUGGAACACGUUGGCUUGCCAUUGAACCAAGAAUAUGAUGGUUGGGGUUCGAAAAUCUUCCGGGAUGAACCCUGACUUGAUGAUCCAAUGACAGAUUUAAUGGUAGAGCGGCUUGUUCCGUGUGCUUCAUAUGCUUGCAUUCUCUGGACAUCAACCCGGAUUAAAAUACAAUGCUUUCUUCAA